AUGUGGGUGUACAACCCAAGAGAGGACAUUGAGUUUGAGAAGGGCCAAUUAUUCACCAAUGUGGACUCCUUUAGAGCAGUUUUGAAGGAUUAUGUCAUUCAAAAGGGAUUUCCAAUAGUAAGACUGAAGAAUGAGAAAACUAGAGUGAUAGCUAUUUGUGGUAUAGAUGGCUGCAAAUGGAGAAUUCAUGCGAGUCCGGUGGCCGAUUCUGUUACCUUUAUGAUUAAAUCUUACCAACCUGAACAUACUUGUGUGAUGGAUAAAAGUAAUGUAGAAGCCACAUCAGAUUGGAUUGCAAAUAAGUUGGUGCCUUUGAUGAGAGCUCAUCCUAACAUAUCUAGCCAGGGCAUAGAAGCAGAGAUGAUAACAAAGUAUGGUCUUAAACCGAGUUACAUGCAACUUUUUAGAGCAAAAAAGAAAGCAGAAGAGGAGAUUCAAGGAAAUUUCAUUGAUUCUUAUAGCAAAUUACCAAAGUAUGCUGUACUUCUAAGACAAUAUAAUCCACAAAGCAUUUGCAAAAUACAUUAUGAUAGGCCAAAUCUCCUUGUAGAGCCCAGAUUUUUAAGAAUAUUUGUUAGUUUUAGAGCACAAAAAACUGGUUUUCUUGAAGGUUGCAGGCCAUUCAUUGGCUUUGAUGGCUGUCACUUGAAGGGUCCUUUUGGUGGUGUUUUGCUCACAGCAGUGGCCUUAGAUGGCAAUGAUAGUAUAUUUCCAAUUGCAUUUGCUGUAGCCGAAUGUGAAAACAAGGAAACAUGGAGCUGGUUCUUUCACUUUUUUGAGGAGUUUUUUGGACCAUUCAACAGCCACUUACCUUUAACCUUUAUGAGUGAUAGGCAAAAGGGGCUCAACCUUGCUUAUGAGGAGAUAUUUCCAAAUGCUAGUGGCAGAUAUUGUUGCAGGCACAUUUGCAGCAACUUCAAGCAGCAAUUUCCAGGCAUGCUGCUUAAUAGUUUCUUUUGGAAGGCAGCAAAGAGUUUUGAUCACAAAAGCCACAAUGAAGCAAUGUUAACCAUUAAAGACAUCAACAUACAGGCUUGGAAAUAUUUGGACAAAAUUCCCAAGAAAGCCUGGUGUAGAUAUGCAUUUCUAAAAGAAAUUAAAUGUGACCAUGUCACAAAUAAUUUCACUGAAUCGCUUAAUUCAUGGGUUGGUGAUCUCAGAGGCAAACCCAUACUUACCCUUGUUGAAGGUUUCAGAAGGAAGUUCAUGAAGAAAAUGCAUAAGAGAUACCAAAAGGGAUGCACAUUAACUAACAGAAUCACCCCAAAAUUUGCUGAAAAGCUCAAAAAAAUUGCUCAAGCAUCAAGGCAUUGUACCCUGACUAUGGCAAGUGAUAAUACAUUUGAGGUUGGUGAUAUGGACAUAUCGUUCAUAGUCAAUUUAAACCAGAGGACCUGUGACUGGGGUGUCUUCCAAUUAGUUGGACUUCCUUGCAAACAUGCUGCACUUGACAUCAUCUACAAAAGGGAAAAGUUGGAAGAUUACUGUGAUCAUUGGUUCUCCAAAGACAUUUACCUGAAGGCAUAUGCUUCUAUGAUUCACCCUAUACCUCAUGAAAAGAUGUGGCCUCCUAUGCAUGAAGUUACCCCUAAGGUUGUGUUGCCCCCUCCUUUGAGAAGAGCUCCUGGUAGACCAAGAGUUAACAGAAGAAAAGAACCUGAUGAAGGACCUUCAUCUCAGCCAAAAAGGUCUAGUACCUUAAAGUGUGGAAAUUGUGGUCAGUUUUGUCACAACAUGAGAACAUGUCAAAGAGCUCCUGUGCAAAGAAAGAAUCCGGCUAAUACUCAUGCUCAACAGAUGCCAACUAGAAGAGGGAAACCAGGCAGAGGAAUUGCAAAUUUAGGACUGCAAGGAUCUGUUCUCUGGGAUCAUGCACAUGGGAAUGUGCCUGUUAUGCAUUCAAGUAUAGGUAGCAAUUCAAAUCCUUCUACUGGAAAUGCUGCCAUAAAUGUUCAAGUUAAUGUACGGACACGUACAAUUGCCUCUAAGAGAAAGAGAGGAAGGCCUUCAAAUGCUACUUCGACAAAUGCUGCAACAGGUUCUCGCAGAAGAGUUGCACCAGAACUUGCUCAACCAACUAAUCAUCUGUCAACAGCUCCUGUUCAAGCCCCUGGUGAUGCUCAAGCUACUACAUCUGUUAGCAUGAAUGCAGCUGCAACUCUGAACUCUGCCAAUAUUGGCACCAGCAGUAGUUUUAGCCUGCAUUUCUAA